AUGGAUUGCAAAAUACUGGUCUUGGGCGCUGGCGGAUUGGGAUGCGAGGUGUUGAAGAACCUUGCCAUGUCGAACGUGCGGGAAAUCCAUGUUGUAGACAUCGACACCAUCGAAUUAACCAAUCUUAACAGACAGUUCCUCUUCCGCGACAGUGACAUUGGGAAACCAAAGGCAGAAGUUGCUGCAAGCUACAUUAAUCGAUGGAGCAAGCGUAGGAGAGCAAGGAAUCCGGAUGCCCACGAAGUUUUGGUUGUCCCCCAUGUCCAGGAUCUGACUCUUCUUCCAGCUGAGUUCUUCACACAGUUCCAGUUUGUAGUUUCUGGCCUAGAUUCGAUAGGCCCUCGCAGAUACGCCAACGAGAUGGUCGUGCGAAUCGCCAGAGACUCCAAAUAUGAAACAUGUAUACCGCUUAUCGACGGUGGGACUGAGGGACUCAAGGGCCACGUCAAGACUGUGAUCCCGGGCAUCACAGCAUGCUGGGAGUGCUCUCUCGACACAAUCCCAGCGCAGCAGGACACCUAUCCGCUCUGUACCAUCGCCAACAACCCAAGAAACCUCGAGCAUGUCAUAAGCUAUGCUGUCACGGUCAGUUUCCCGGAAGCAAACUUGGACGACCCACAAGACAUACAAAGACUAUUUGAUCUCUCACUGGAGAGAGCAAGAGCGUUCAAUAUUGACGCAAAGGAGCUCACAAUAGAAUACUUGCUCGGUGUCGUAAAGCAUAUUAUCCCCAGUUGCAGCAGCACGAACUCAAUUGUCGCAGCUGCUUGCACCUCUCGGAUCGUCUCGAUAUACUACGACCUAGUUGACUUCGACACUAUGCCCACAUUCACCGUCUUCAAUGGCUCCAAUGGGUUCUUCACUCAUAGUUUCCAGUACCAGCGAAAUGCCGACUGCAUUGUAUGCAAGGGCUUGUAA